AGGUAGAAUUUCAGAGCACAACAUGACUGCGGAGGUGAAGGAAGUAAUGGAGUACCUCUGUAUUGUGGCUUUACUUUUCUCUGCUGCGGUUGCACAGCCACCCAGACAAUGGCAAAUGGGUAAUGAUCAAUUCAACCCAUUUGGCGGACCACCAAACAGACCGCCUAUGGGACCCAACAGUAGAGAUCCCUUCACGCAGGGUGGUCCACCCCCUCCACCUCCAUUUGGCGGACCACCAAACAGACUGCCUAUGGGACCCAACAGUAGAGAUCCCUUCACGCAGGGUGGUCCACCCCCUCCACCUCCAUUUGGAGGACCACCCUUCAUGCAGGGUGGUCCACCCCCUCCGCCGAUGGGUGGACCUAUGUGGUCAGGACCAAACAUGGGUGGCAAUGGCAACACAGGAUGGCCCAACCAGGGACAAAUGCCUCCUUGGUUUCCAAACAGACCCUCAAGAGGACCAGGCAAUGGGAACAAUUGGGGAUCAAUGGUACCUGAUUUUGGGUUCUUUCCCAAUGGACCUGGACAGUACCCUGGCCAGGGGCCCCGUCCCGGGCCAAUGGGCAGCCACGGGCCACCUCAAGGGCCAAGGAGCAGCCAAGGGCCCCCUCAAGAGCCAAAGAGCAGCCAGGGGCCCCCUCAAGAGCCAAAAAGCAGCCAGGGGCCCCCUCCCGGGCCAAGGACCAGGCGGAGUAGACCUGAAGGACCCCCACGUGGAAGACCUAACAUGGGAAACCCUAAAACAUGGCCUGAAAGGAAUCCCCUUCGCCCAUCAUCAGGUGGUGGAGCGACAUCUUUUGAUGACAAACUCUUUUUAGGAAAACCAUUGCAACCAGAGAUGGUGGGCAACAGAGAAUUCAUCCCCAUCUUCCAGGCUGACAAUGUGACCAUCAAGAAUGUCAGUGGUCUGUCCCUGAAGGAGGGUGAGAACAUUUUUCUGCUGCCCAUGGGAGGAAGAGGACCACCCCGACCAAUGCCCUACCUGAAGGUCACCUACAAUCCCUCGGCAAAAAACUCACUUGAAUAUGGGUUAACUAAAUUUAGCCCAGCAUUCAAGAAGGCUGAGGUGACUAAGCCCUGGGAAGAGAAAGGUCAAUAAUAUUGUGGAUGAAAGGGAGAAGCCCAAGGCAAAAAUCUGGAAUGGAAGCUUUGAUUUGCUUGAGAUUGAUAUACAGUAAUUAACAGCAUAUUUACAAAUCAUUUGUGGUAAUAAUUAAAGAUCUGAAUUAGUAAUGCAGUAAAUAUGUAACAGGUGUUGGUGAAGGUACCUUUAUAUUGUUUCACACUUUCUAAAACAACAGUUAUAUAAUUUUCUAUAAACUGUCAUUUUUGCCGUAGAUGCUGAUUGACUGAUACUACUGUCAAGUUUAAAAUCGCAAUAAGACUGCUUCUUUGUUUGUGGUAUGCACCUAAAAUUUUGUAUCCAGGCACCAUUCAUUGUGUCAUGCCUAAGAACAGACCUUAGCCAUGCUAUAUUGAAAAACACACCACUACUCACAUGUUAUUGCAUAUACUUCAAUAAAACUGCCAGCAUGCACACUUAGGACUCAUGUUUUUGGGUGCAUACAAAAUCUCUUAUAAUCUAUUUGAUCCAUAGAAUUCAGGCACCAUGAUGAAAAUAAAUAUCUUCUUGUGAUA